AUGAGGAAUACAAGCCGGCUCUUUUUCUUUGCUGUGGUUGCCUUUUGCAUUAACGGAAGUGACACGGCAGAUGCUGAAGAGAGACUAAUGAACCAUCUUCUCAACGGCUCGCGCUAUAACAACUUAAUCCGCCCGGCCUUCAACUCCUCACAGCUGGUGGUGAUCGAACUGCAAGUGUCCCUGGCCCAGCUGAUCAAUGUGAAUGAGCGCGAACAAAUCAUGACCACCAACGUCUGGCUUAACCAGGAAUGGACUGACUACCGCUUGGCAUGGGAACCUUCAGACUACGAAGGCAUAAAUAAGUUAAGGAUACCUGCUAAAAAAGUUUGGUUACCGGACAUUGUGCUUUACAAUAACGCCGAUGGCACGUACGAAGUCUCUGUGUAUACAAACGUGAUUGUGAAGAACAACGGAAGCAUUUUCUGGCUGCCUCCAGCCAUCUACAAGAGCGCCUGCAAGAUUGAAGUGAAACAUUUCCCCUUUGACCAACAAAACUGCACAUUAAAGUUCAGGUCAUGGACUUACGAUCACACGGAGAUUGACAUGGUUCUGAAAACUGGCACGGCCAGCAUGGAUGACUUUACACCUAGUGGUGAAUGGGACAUAGUGGCACUCCCGGGGCGAAGAACUGUGAACUCUCUAGACCCCAAUUAUGUGGAUGUGACCUAUGACUUCAUCAUUAAGAGAAAGCCACUUUUUUAUACUAUUAAUCUCAUAAUACCUUGCGUGCUUAUAACAUCUUUAGCCAUCCUGGUGUUCUACCUACCUUCAGAUUGCGGAGAGAAAAUGACUUUAUGUAUUUCAGUUUUGCUCGCUUUGACUGUAUUCUUGCUGCUGAUUUCCAAAAUUGUCCCCCCGACGUCACUAGAUGUCCCACUGAUUGGGAAGUACCUGAUGUUUACAAUGGUCCUCGUGACAUUCUCGAUCGUCACCAGCGUCUGUGUACUGAACGUCCAUCACAGGUCGCCCAGCACCCACGCAAUGCCGCCUUGGGUGAAGGUGAUCUUCCUUGAGAGACUUCCGAAGUUUCUAUUCAUGCAGCGCCCGGAGAACAACUCUGCCAGACAAAGGCUGUACAACCGCAAGAAAAAUAAAACGGAGUCCAUCUGCACCGACCUGACCGAUAUAUACAAAGGUUCUACCUAUUUUGUGAAUACAGCCUCAGCCAAAAAAUAUGACUUGAAACUUACAGAGAACCCCGAUAACGUUGGCAGCCAGCAGGAUGUGCGGCUAAGAUCUUCGGCCAAGUUUUCUCCGGAAGUGCAAGAAGCUAUCGAUGGAGUCAGUUUCAUAGCUGACCACAUGAAAAGCGAGGAUAACAACGAGAGCGUUGUCGAAGAUUGGAAAUACGUUGCCAUGGUUGUGGACAGACUGUUUCUCUGGGUGUUUGUCAUUGUUUGCAUUCUAGGGACUGUCGGAUUAUUCCUCCAGCCACUUUUCCAAAACCACACCGUUGCCGUGAACCCGUAAGAUGGCUGAAUCCAACACUGACCUUUACUCACCUGUUGGGCUAUGUUCUGGACUGAAGUUCCAAGAAUGUCAUUUCAGAGUCCAGUUAUUUAAUUACUCCGAUUUUCUACUGUUACAAUUCACAGCAUCAUUAUUUGAUUUGAUUUAGUUCCUUAAUGUGGGCUUAUAUCCUUUCCCCCUCAGGCCCCAAACACUGUUUCUCUGGGCCUGAUACACAACUUUGUAAUAUGCUCCCGUCAACAUAUGCAACCCAUUCAUACGAUCUCAUCCCCUGUGAAUCGUGACAGAACGACCAUAUUUGUGGAAUGACAGGUAGACACCAGACAAUGGAUCCAGACCAGGCAUUCUGGAUUUGUAGGCCCAGUAUGAAACACACCCAUUCCCCAUUCCCACGCUUGGAUCAUACCAGAGGUUUGCACUGAGUUCUGCAUCAACAGGAAGAUAGCAAGAUCAGUUGUAAUUCUGUUGACCUUUGGUCUCCAAACACUUGCCCACACAGAUGUAUCUUAAUCACUUCUCAAAUGCGGUCGAGUAACAGCUCUUAUGAACCUCUAGGGACGGGCGUGCCAAAAAAGCCAAGCAGCUAAUUGAGAUGUGUCCCAUAGGUUGGGAGGGUGAACUUCAUUUGGCAAUUUCAAGGAAGUGCAUUACAUUUUUAUUAUGUGCAUUACAACAUUUUUUUUUACAGGUCUUUUCUAUAAAAGUGGGAGGGGGUUCCUGUGUA